AUGCAACAGGAUUCCAAAGACUCAGCCAACUGCUCGGUGGUGGCCUCGUUGAAGAACUAUGGAAUUGGAGCAGCCUCUAGUUGUCUUGCUACGUUUCUGACCUUUCCAAUCCACAAAACAAUUUUCCGACAGCAAAUCCAUGGUUUUGUUAUCCGUAAAGCUGUCACUCAACUCUGUCAAGAGGGUCUCGUCAAGUUUUACAGAGGAAUUAUUCCUCCACUUUUAGCUAAAACCAUCCAAGGCACUGUGCUAUUUGGCACUUAUGAUGGCCUCAUUGGGAAUAUCUCAACAGAGGGUACACAUUUGUACCAUCGCUGCAUUGCAGGAUCCUUAUCUGGAAUCAUUGAAACCUUGAUAUUGACCCCAUUUGAACGUGUCCAAAAUGUUCUUCAGGACCACAGGAAAGAUGUCAAAUUUCCCAAUAUCCAGAGUAUUCUGAAGGAAUUCAAUUCUUAUAGUUUUAAGGAUAAAUUACAGCUUGGAUACUACCGAGGCUUUCUCCCUAUUCUAUUGAGGAAUGGAACAGGUAGUGCCCUUUAUUUUUCUUUCAAAGACCCAAUUAAGAAUUCACUCUUAGAUCAAGGUGUUCCCAGUGGCAUUUCUGCUUUUCUCUCUGGGAGUUUCAAUGGAAUGAUGGUAUGUUUCAUCCUAUAUCCACUUAGUGCAGUGAUUGCAAAUGUGCAAUCUCACAUUAGAGAUGAGAAAAUAAGCCUUCAAAAUUUCAUUGCAAAAUUCUGGGCAUCCCGUGCUCAAAGUCUCUUGUACAUUUACAGAGGUGGUUCCCUGGUUAUACUGAGGUCCUGCAUAACCUGGGGAAUAACUACUACCAUUUAUGAACUUUUAAAGGCUGCAAACUUUCCUGAAAGUUAG